AGGGGGCAGUGCUACGUCUGAGAGGAGUGGACCCUCCGUCCGAUUGUACAGAGAGAAAGACCUGGCAUCGGCCGAGAAACAAACGAAGAAGAAUUUAACGGUUCCCGGUUAUUGAACCGCUUCGGUCUCUGCGGUGCCGGUGGUUCACAGUUUGUUUUGGACUGCAGUCAGUGUGUUGGGCGGCUAGUUGUGCCUUUAAUUCCACCUAAGCUAGCUACCGCUGUGCGUUUACAACAAGCAGCUAUGUGGUGACAAAAGCCCCAUCAAGCAUCAGCGCUGCGGCCAAAGGUAACGUUCAUGUGCGUUGAUCCAGAGCAAUGGAGGAAGGCUCUGAGGUGAUGGAGGAUAUUGUUUUUCGAGGCGUAGAGUUUUCUGUAAAAAUAGAGGUGGACAAGGGUUUGCUGAUAGUCGAAAUCUCAGAUUCAGUGACAGCAGAUCAGUGGAGGAGUGAAUUUAAUCCUGCAUACAUUGAGGACCUAACUCGCAAAACUGGCAACUAUAAGCAGUUUCCCAUUUUCUGCAGCAUGCUGGAAUCGGCUGUUAGAAAGACGAGUGAUUCUGUUACACUCGACCUCCUGACCUAUGCCGACCUAGAGCUGCUACGUAACAGAAAAGCAGGAGUGGUGAGUCGUCCUCGUGGCCAACAGCAGCCCUCUGCUCUCACUGCCAAAAGAUAUCUAAUCCUUAUAUACACGGUGGAAUUUGACAGGAUACACUACCCUUUACCGUUGCCUUAUGUGGGUAAACCGGACCCAGCUGCCCUGCAGAAGGAAGUCCGAGCACUGAGGGCUGAGCUUAGUGCACUCACCUCUCACGGAGUUAACACACCUGCGGAACUGGAAGUGCAAAGGCUACGUGCAGAGCUCGCAAUGGUGAAGGAAGAGAAGGAGACUAUGGCCAAAGUUCUAGAGCAAAUGCAUGUUGGUGCAAGCGGUUCCACUUCAGGACGAGACGACUGGAGGGUCAGAAAUGUGGUGAGGACACUGGAGGAGCAGCUUGUCAGCGAACGGGUGAAAAGUCAACGCUCAGCAAGCAAGAGAAACCAGGAGCACCGGCUCCUAAUUGAUCAGUUGGAGGAGCUAAGAGCAUCAGAGUGUGCCCUUCGUGUUCGUGUCAAGAGUCUGACCAGUGAACUAGCAUUACUACGGAGAGGCAGAGUGACUCCUGUGUCUGGUCACAUCAGCUCUCGAGUUGAUAGUGAAAUUUUUCGCUCUCUCUCCCGUGAGAGGAGGUCAGGCUGCAGGACAGUCAGAGCACGCUCAGGAUCUAGGGAACGGAUAGAGAACAGAGGUCAAAGGUCAGACGAAAGGGGGCGAAGAGCAGACUCUUCAGGACCUCGUGCUCACAUACCCAGGCCAUCACCUUCCCCCACUGGGUCCCGGGUGCAACGCUUCGACCCGACCGCCUACAUCCAGGACAGACAGCGCAGACUGAAAGAGGCAGAACUCAAAAAAUUGAGGAAGGUGCGGAGGGACAUGUUGACAUCACCUAUUCUCCUCGAGAGGGGGCGUUCACGUUCCAGGGAAGCCUAUCCUCAGUUGACCCGGUCUGGCAGUAGAGGCAGGAGUUUAUCCAUGGAACGCAAAGGGAGCAGGAACUCCUCUGAAAGCUCAUUAGUGGAUACAGAUGAAAUGGCCAAAACUUUGUUCAGAGGAAGAAAACAGAUUUACAACGGACCUAGUAUGCCAAGAGGGGGCCUUUUAACAAGGAAGCCAUUAUGCAGUACACCAACACACAGAAUUAAAGACAAAGAGAGCUGUAUGGAUACGGGUGCUGAGCUGUCUGAGAUCGAUGCCAGGCUGCAGGCCCUUCAGGAGUACAUGAGGGAUCUGGAUACAGGACACUAACACAGCUUGGAGCUCAGGGCAUCCUCAAUCCUCAUCCUCAGGGCUAUAUCAGCCUCCAAGCAAGAACAAUGGGUUUAGCAUUGUAGAUUUGUUCAUGUGAGGCUAAAACUCCAUUUGGAGGGGCCUCCAGACCAGGUAACUACCACCAUCACUGUGAAGAAAUACUUUUUGUGGACUGAAUUGAUUUUUUUAUAAUGUUUUUAUUAACUUAAAGAGAACUGUCUUGAGUGUACUUCAAUUCCUUCUUUUUAACACCUCAUAAAACAACCUCUACUAGUUACAUGCAUGAGCAAUACCUCAGUCCAUUAACAUGUACACAUCAUAUGUAUUUUAUCCUUUACUCCCUUGAUUUGCAUUAAUUACUAGAUGCUUUUCACAAUAUUUUGUUGAAACCCAGGCAUCUAAGACGAUGUAAAACGAGAAAGUCAACAGAUUUAAAUUUCUUAAUAUGUACUCUCCAUAACACAUACGUUUUAAUGCUUGCAAGUGUAAUAGUAAAUCUAAAUAUUAACAGCAGACUGUUAAACCUGGACUGUUGUUUUUUUCCCACCCAGUGCAUGCUGGGAUACAAGGCAGCUCCUGUAGCCUGAAUGCAGUAAUGAGGUAGAUCAAAUUAGUGACUGCAUGCUGGAUUGGCAUCACUGUAUUUGAUAUGAGCUUUAAUUUGUUAAUCCAUUCAGUGCAUUAAAAUGUAAGUGUCUAAAAGUAUAUACAUUACUGAAAUGCACUGUCUAACAAGUUGGAACUUGUAUUAUUGCUUUGUACAGGUGUAUGUGUGUGUGUGUGUGUUUACAGGUUUAAUAUUCUUGCUGAUUUUGUGGUAAUAGUGCAUGCAUUGCACACCUGACACAUUUUAUGAUAGUGAAACUGCAAGAAAUUUGUAAAUGCUCAAACACAUUUCCCAGUCUAAUGCCUUUUGUCCUAUAUUUUAUUAAAAAAAAGUUUUGUUUUUUUUCCUUUUGA